GCCUCCGGCAGGUCACUAUCGUGGGUCCUACAUACAGUAAACGUGUUCGUUUAUGCUGUUUCUGCUUGGUUGACUACGCCGAUUCGUCGCUCCACCAACGCGUCUUCCUCUUUCUCCAAUCCCCUCUCGCAGCCAGCACCCAUUCCCGUGAGUCUGCGACCCUUCCUUUUCCUUCGCCCAGCUGGUCGACGCUCGCCCCUACGGCCAACUCCCCACCAUCGAUCUCUCCGUUCUCCGUCGCGCUCGGAGUACUCGGCACAGUAGGGUUUGCAGCCCCAGUGGUGGCAGCAUGUUGGGCUGGAGAGCCGUCGGCUUGGUUGGAAGACAAACACGGCGAAGCCAACCACGAUGUCUUCUCAUUUCCCUUCCAAGAAGAUAAGGUGGACUUUGGUACAUGUAUUUGUAGAUUGUCCACUGAUGUAGAAGAAGCAAGUGUUAUUUCACCAAGUGCAUGUUCGUUUGAAGCAGGUACGUACUAUUCUGACGACAUGUUUUUCUCAUGCUACUUGAACAAAUAAAUGACUAACACAUGGGGCCAUGGGGGACUCAGUGUUAAAGCUACUCAAUGCAAAAGGAGGCAUUUCAACCAAACCAAUGAGAGUGUGUUGGGUAGAUAGAGCUAGAACAAAUCAGCAGCCAGUUAAGAAAAUAUUUCAUCCAAGUUGCAUUACCCUUCUAUCAGUACACACUUUAGUUUUCUCAACAGUUGGAGUUUUGAGCUGUUUUCUUUAUAUUAUUUCUCCAUGUGAGUUCUGAAGCUGUUAAUUCGGCUAGGUCCUGAUUGAACAUUUGCUGCAGUUUUUUUGUGUAAGAAUUGUGAGGUCUUAGGAUGCUAUUCUCAUUUAUAGAGAUUUAUGGUUAAAGGAUUUAGACUGCACCGCUCCACCUGGUGGUGUCAGUAUAAUGGUACAAUAACAAAGAACAAGAAAUUUGAUCUCUUCUCUGGUCAUGACUGUUAAAGACCUGCGGACGGUUAGAACUUCAUAUUGAAAAGUUUGUAUAAUAUAUGAUAGACAACUACAGUAUAAUUUAGUAUUCCAAACACCGGUUAUCUUAUCUUAACUUCAUUUUUUUAAUUCACAUGCAUACCUUUGUCUGCAGGCUUGCACUGUGUACAUGGUGUCCCCCUAUUUCCCAUUUCGUACUAAUUAAUAUUUACUUAAUUUAACCAUUGAUAGUUCAAAAUGAUUUUUUUCAUUUACUUAUCCUAUGAUUAUCAAUGGUUGCAGAAGAGCUGAAUUUAAUUUCUGUUGGCGGACGAUUUCAUCGUGAUCAUGUUCAUUUAUGAGAUCAUCUAUUCUUACAAUAGUACCCUAAUCCAAUAUUGGCUGUGCCCAUGUAUUAUUCCGGGCUGCACAUCGAAUAUUUAUUCCCAAAAGCCCCACAAUUUUGAACAGGCGCAGUCUCCUGCUCACCGUUGUUGUUUUGGUUUCUGUUAGCUCCUCCUCUAGCUUGGUGUUUUCCUUAUAUUUUGCAACUUGCAAAUUUUGACAGGUGUUCUCGGUUUCUCGCAUAUGCAAUUCAACGGGGUGGUGUUUACAAUUAGAGAUGCAGACAAUGUUCAGUCGGGCAGAGGCAGGGCAUGGGGGACAAGUAUUGAUCUGCAAGGUUUAGGAUAGCUAAGCACAAAUUUGAAAGGCGGCCGUGAGAUUUUCCCUUUAGGAUAUGUGCACACAAGCUUUAUUAAAGACAUCAACAGUGGCUCGUGUGCUGCUGUAAUAAGGAAUGACAAAGGUCAGUUUACCCUCUCAGCCUGGGACGUUAUUCCUUUUUUUCUGAGAGCGCAGAAGCUGCAAAAUUCAUUGCCUGCUCAUGAACUAGCAAAAUUUAACUGUGGGAGCGGUAGUGGUGGUUUGUUGCAAGGACACGUGUGCACUCAAAAGGGAAAGGAUGGGUGUAUUCAACGCAUAAGGAUAAUUCUUAUCCUGAUGUUUGUCGGGUGACUCGAUGUCUUGAAAUUUGUGUUUCAUAAUGAGAUUGUAGAAGUAUCUCACAUGUGUUUAUCAUGAUUUCCCUGUUAUUUUGUAAUAAAGAUUACCAAAGAGCAAACAUUUUUUAAAUUAAUUUUUGUUUCAUUUUAUUUAUGUUUUGCUUGCAUUAUUAUCUUCACAACCAUAGUCUGAAACCAGUCUGAUUUUUUCUGAAACUGAAAACCAUGUUAUUAUUUACAAAUUACAGUUCUUUGUCCAAACUCAUUUUACUACCCAUUGCCGGUCUUGAGAGCAAAAGGAAAUUUGGAUAUGACUUCCAUCAUUUCAAUUUACAGCCCAUUAAUUAUACAAAUAGUAAGGGAAACCAUGCCAAGAGCCAAACCGGUGCAGCAAACCCUCCGCAAUUCAGUGAAGGAGCAACAAAGGGGGCGCACUGCAAAAAAUCAAAUGAAUCAAUCUGCCAGUGCUAAGUCCGAUUUCGAAACCACGACCGAGCGGUCCUAAACAAGCCCUGAAGCAUGUCGAGUUACUGGCAUGAAUGCAUUAUACCGUUGCCAAUCUGAGUUAGGCAAAUAUAUUAUUCUUAAUUUAAUUUUUCACAAAGUUUUACUCUCUUUCGCCGUAGAUGAAUAUAUUGUGGAUAAAAAGGCUCAAAUGCUGAUGCAUCUGGAUCAAAAGACAUGCAUCUAUCACACAUACAACCUUUCCUCCGGCACUUGACUAAAUAAGAAAUUAACCUAUGGCAUGUAGAUGAAGUCAAAAAUACAUAAACCAUCCUAUGAAAAACGCGCGCAGCAACGUGCGCGAGGUCCUUCUAGUACCUUGGAGAGUACAAAGCAUGCAUCUGCGUAGAAAAACAGGCUAAGGCCGUGUAAGCUCCUUUUAGCCCACCAACUUGUAAUUCCAUGAGUGGGUAUAGAUAUUCAUCCCUCAUCUCUUACUAGUGUUAGACUUGAUGUUUAAACUGAGAGACAUGUACCUCAUCUAAGAACAAAACAAAGACUUCCUCCUCUCAUGGGGACGAGCUCCCCGCUAUCUAAUUUCUUCUCUUCGAUUUGAUUGGUCAGUGGACCGAUCGAGUAGAUUUCGGUUUAAAUCGAGAGCUUGAGUUCACUUGAAUUCUUUUCUAACAAAGGGUUUUAUUUGCGGUGAUUGUUGUUGGGUGAUUCUUUGAGAUUGCUUGGCUAGUUAUCGUCCAAACGGUGGGAAUCGGGAGCCCCUUGUAUCACACUAGUUGUGCAACUUGUGUUUUUGUAAUGCGCAAUUUCUUUACCGAAUAUGAAUUCAUAGAUCUCCUGUCUUUAUUACGAGCACAUUUAAAAUUUGGUCUAGUGAUAUCUUCUGAAUCUUUUACGAGCAUGGAAGUUUCAGUGAUGUAGUAGGAUCCUACACUAUACCCUGAACUCGUGAGUUGUGACCCAUACCUAUCCAUCACUCAUGUGAUAUCCAUUGUGCACCACCGCGCGACCCAACACAUUCACUCAGCUCUCGUGUGCGAUCUGCGAUCCGCCGAUCCCUGCCCAUGCGGCCAUGCACCGUCCCUCCUUUAACCUCGUCACGAGUAGGCGAGCCUCGACGCAAGCAAGAAUAGCCGCGCCUCGCGCGCAUCUACACAUCACGACAUGCUGCUCAACCUCCACCAAGAAUUGUCCAUGGCAUGAGCGAGCUGAAGCUGCAGCACCCCGUCCCGGUCUUCCUGCUCAGGAGGAACCCGCUCACGGUGGCCUCCAGGACGAUGCGCCGCGGCAUCCGCGGCUUCUGCCACGACGUCGGCUCCACGUCCACGCAGCAGCUUUCCGGCGUUGACAGGGACGCCGACGCGGCGUCGUCCUCGUUCCUGACCGUGCCGUCGUCCGUGGUGGGCUCCUGCGCGGCCGAGAGCGUCGCCGGAGGCCCGCAGGCGGCGGUCACCCUGGAGCAGAUGAUCCUUCAGCUGGACCUGGAGGAGGAGGCGGCGGCCAGCAGGAAGGCGCGCCGCAUGUCGUGCGUGGACAGCUCCGACCACUACGUGCUCCGGUCGGCGCGGGACGCGCUGAGCCACUACCCGCGCUUCUCCCUCGACGGCCGGGACGCCAUGUGCCGCGCCUCCUUCAGCAGCUACCACGACGCAGCCAUGACCCUCGACGGCCCUGUGCUCCGCGACGACGGCCGGCACCGGAGAGCGUCGGUGUGCUGCGCCGCCGCCGGCGUAGGGCACUGCAGAGCGCGGGGCUGCGGCGUGGAGGGCUACGAGAUGGACCUGGAGCGGACACUGCGGAUGCCAGCCACGGUGGCCGGGGAGAGCGUGGUGUGGUGCAAGCCCGGGGUCGUGGCCAAGCUCAUGGGACUCGAUUCCGUCCCUGUGCCCGUCGGAAGAGGCCGGCGGGGCGGCAUUGGUAGGAGGAAGGCCAGCGGGGCACCGCCGGUGGCGAGGGUCGUCGGAGGUGGCGGCGUAAAGAAGCAGAGGCCGAGGAGGAUCGUGGGCAAGGAGGAGGAGCUGGAGAAGGACAGGCUCUUCAUGGCGCUGCACGGCUACGACGUAGCCGGGGCGGGAGCUCGCCCCGCUGGCGCGCCGCGGGCCGCUGUCGACCCCAAUGUCAGUGGGUUUCGUACGGCAGACAGUAGCUGGGAGUUCCGGUUUCCUAGCUAAACAUAUCUGAAGUCUCUCUUGUUGAACUUUCGAGUACUAGUGUCCUCACAGUAUGACAUAGCUCCAUGUUUUCGAAAGAGCUCAAAUUAACUGUCCCUACUGUUUGGGGGCUAACUCCAAUAUAC